AUGGCUUCUUCAGCCGAUUCCUCCUCAAUAACGGUAUGCAUAAACGAGGCAUUGACGGAUGAUGAGCUCCGGUCGGUGCUAGCGAAGCUGGAGAACCAGAGGGACAAGGAGGUCUUCGGGUUGGUCUGCAAAAGGUGGCUUCAUUUGCAGAGCACGGAGAGGAAGAGGCUUUCGGCACGUGCGGGGCCUCAUAUGCUUCGCAGAAUGGCUGACAGGUUCUCCAGGCUUCAUGAACUGGACCUCUCCCAGUCCAUUUCGAGGUCCUUCUAUCCUGGUGUCAUUGACUCUGAUCUCCGUGUUAUUGCUCAUGGAUUUAAGUGCUUAAGAGUCCUCAAUUUGCAGAAUUGCAAAGGAAUUUCAGAUUCUGGUGUCCUUUUCGUUGGAUCUGGUCUUUCAUCACUACAGUCCCUGGAUGUAUCAUAUUGCAGGAAGUUAACAGACAAAGGAUUAUCAGCUGUUGCUGAGGGCUGCUCUGACCUUCGGAGCCUUUAUCUUGCUGGCUGCAGAUUUGUUACUGAUGGAUUAUUGCGAGCCCUUUCAAAGAAUUGUCACUAUUUAGAAGAGUUGGGGCUUCAAGGUUGCACCAACAUAACUGACUCUGGACUUACUGAUCUUGUAAAUGGAUGUCAACGGAUUAAAUUUUUAGAUGUCAACAAAUGCAGCAAUAUUGGAGAUAUUGGAGUUUCCAGUGUCUCCAUGGCAUGCUCAUCUUCUCUGAAGACACUGAAGUUGUUGGAUUGCUACAAAAUCGGGGACGAGUCUAUAUUAUCCUUGGCCAGAUUCUGCAAAAAUCUUGAAACUCUAAUAGUUGGUGGCUGCCGGGACAUAUCUGAUGCAUCAAUAAAAUUGCUGGCUAUUUCUUGUAAGAGUAAUCUCAAGAACUUGAGGAUGGAUUGGUGUUUAAAUAUCACUGACUCUUCUUUGAGCUGCAUCCUUGCUCAGUGCACAAACCUCGAGGCUCUUGACAUUGGGUGCUGUGAGGAGGUGACAGAUGCUGCCUUUCAGGGUUUAAAUGGUGAAGAAAAUGAGUUGAGUUUGAAAGUUUUGAAGGUCAGCAACUGCCCAAAAAUAACUGUGACAGGCAUAGGCAUGCUUUUGGACAAAUGUGACUCUCUAGAAUACCUGGAUGUGAGGUCAUGCCCACACAUUACAACGGCAGGUUGUGAUGAAGCGGGAUUGCAGUUUUCUGAAUCUUGUAAAGUGAACUUCACGGGGAGCUUAUGUGAGCCUGACGUUUUAUUUUGA